UGGAACUUCACUGACACGUUGGUACUGGCGUGAAGUCCUCACCUGUGUAUGCUUGUUACAUAUAUCUUCGCAGAUGUCUAAUGCACUGUUGCGAAAGGCACUCCAGACCUUUGAAUCUGAAGAAACCAGCACCAAGAGUGGGAAAAAAACGAAAUCAGGAAAAAUAAAACGGAAGAAGGCAGAGGCAGACAAAAAGUCUGCAGCAAAAAGAACUCUGAAGAUUCUCAAGGUGCUCUCAGCGAAACCGAUCUCACAAGAAGCAGCCUCUCGGGUGUUGGAAUCAUAUAGAGGGAAGCUUGCAAAAGACCAACCUGCCAAGCUGUCUCAGGAGGAGCAGUCUGUGUUCACAGAAGAAGACUUCAAUAAUGGAAAGACAUCUCUUGCCCACCGUCUCCUACUUGGCCUUAGCAACUGCAAGUGCUUCUCACAAGAUGACUAUUAUUACAAGGAGGACUCAGGGAAACUCAUCUUCUUACCUGAGCUCAACCAGUUCAACUGGGAAACCCUCUCUGCUCUGGACAUGGAUAAAAUGACAUCAGAUGUCCAAGAAGCAUUAUUGAAGCCUUUUAGUAUAAUUGUUGUGGAGGGUUUCACAAUCCUGAAUCAUCCUCCUCUGAGGGAACUCUUCAACCUCAAAUAUUUUUUUACUCUUCCAUACAAGGAAUGCCUACGUCGCAGACAGAGCCGCAUUUAUAACACACCUGAUCCUCCCUCUUAUUUUGAUCUCAUCUUAUGGCCACACUACAGGAGGCACCUUGGAGAAGUGACUCACCUAAAAGACAUCACCUUCCUUGAUGGUUCCAUUGGUCUUGCAUCUCUAUUCCAUGUGAUAAUGUCUGAUGUAAAUCAGAGAAUAAACUAG